AUGAAAGAUAUUACAUCAUCGUCCACAAUUGCUCAAGAUUUUAAGGAAAUUGAACAGUCAGUUGGCAAAGUUUAUAUGUCUAUGUCUAUGAUGAUAAUAGCAGUUAUGAGGCAUCAUAGUAAUCUUGCCUAUUACAGGCUUACUCAAGAAGAAAAUUUUGAUCUUUAA